AGGAAGACCCCCGAUUGCGACCUCGCCUCCCUCCAUCUCUCAGACCUCUGCCACGUACCGGGGUCCGGAGGACUUGUGCAUAGCGGCCAUGGGCGGCGUCGGGGAGCCCGGUGGGGGACCCGGGCCACGGGAGGGGCCCGCACCGCUGGGGGCGCCCCUGCCCAUCUUCCGCUGGGAGCAGAUCCGCCAGCAUGACCUACCAGGCGACAAGUGGCUGGUCAUCGAGCGCCGCGUCUACGACAUCAGCCGCUGGGCACAGCGGCACCCAGGGGGUAGCCGCCUCAUCGGCCACCACAGCGCGGAGGACGCCACGGAUGCCUUCCACGCCUUCCACCAGGAUCUCCAUUUUGUGCGCAAGUUCCUGAAACCCCUGUUGAUUGGAGAGCUAGCCCCAGAGGAACCCAGCCAGGAUGGAGCUCAGAAUGCCCAGCUGAUCGAGGACUUCCGAGCCCUUCGUCAGGCAGCAGAGGACAUGAAGCUGUUUGAAGCUGAUACCACUUUCUUUGCACUCCUGCUGGGCCACAUCCUGGCUAUGGAGUUGCUGGCCUGGCUUCUCGUCUACCUCUUGGGCCCUGGCUGGGUAUCCAGUGUCCUUGCUGCCCUCAUCCUGGCCAUCUCUCAGGCCCAGUGCUGGUGUCUGCAACAUGAUCUAGGCCAUGCUUCCAUCUUCCCAAAGUCCAGGUGGAACCAUGUGGCCCAGCAGUUUGUGAUGGGGCAGCUGAAAGGCUUUUCUGCCCACUGGUGGAAUUUCCGCCACUUCCAGCACCAUGCCAAACCCAAUAUCUUCCACAAGGAUCCAGAUGUGACGGUCGCACCUGUCUUCCUCCUGGGGGAGUCAUCUGUGGAGUAUGGCAAGAAGAAACGCAGAUACCUGCCCUACAACCACCAGCAUCUAUACUUCUUCCUGAUUGGCCCACCGCUGCUCACCUUGGUGAACUUUGAAGUUGAAAAUCUGGCAUACAUGCUGGUGUGCAUGCAAUGGACGGACUUGCUGUGGGCUGCCAGUUUCUACUCCCGGUUCUUCUUGUCCUACUCCCCCUUCUAUGGUGCCACUGGGACACUGCUCCUCUUCGUUGCUGUCAGGGUGCUGGAGAGCCACUGGUUCGUGUGGAUCACACAGAUGAACCACAUCCCCAAGGAGAUUGGCCACGAAAAGCAUCGGGACUGGGCUAGCUCUCAGCUGGCAGCUACCUGCAAUGUGGAACCUUCUCUCUUCAUUGACUGGUUCAGUGGGCACCUCAACUUCCAGAUUGAACACCACCUCUUUCCCACGAUGCCAAGGCACAACUACCGGAGGGUGGCCCCCCUGGUCAAGGCAUUCUGUGCCAAGCAUGGUCUACACUACGAAGUGAAGCCCUUCCUCACCGCCCUGGUGGAUAUCAUCGGGUCCCUGAAGAAGUCUGGUGACAUCUGGCUGGAUGCGUACCUCCAUCAGUGAAGGC